AAUUGGUAUUCAGUACAAUUGGGCAGUUGAUGAAAUCAUUGCAAGCCCUGGUAUAGAAAAAAAAAGAAAAGAUGAAUUAUUUCGUAUUGGCUGCAGCUGUUGUGGCAAUAGCUCUUGCGGGGCACUCGGAGGCACAAUUAUUAUUCGGCAACCGAGGAAACUCUAGACAAAAUAACCAAGGAGGCGGGUUAUUUGGAUUAGGAUCAGGUUCAGGCUCAGGCCAAAACAACAUUAUUUCUAAUGCUGCUAAUGGAAUCCUUAACGUAGCUACUGCCCCACUUCAAAUAUUGGGCAAUUUAGGAUCUGGACUCUUUGGAAAUGGAAACUCUGGAAACGGAAACUCUGGCAACGGAAAUUCCAAUGGGGGAUCACAAUCCAUUUCCUGGCAAGGGAACGGAAAUCGUCCAACCCAAACAACUGUGACAACUAUCACAACAAUAAUAAGAUAUAUAAAUAUUGGAAAUAUGCCUGGAAUCCGACAAGUCCAUAAAUUAGAUGGUUCUAUUAUUUGGAUGAUAACGAUGGUGUCUUCAAAGGGAACACCUGGAGCAAAACCUGUGCGUAAACCAGAUGGAUCUAUUUGGUACCUGCUAACAACGACAUCUACACGAAAACCCCAAGGCAAUUUACCUAUUUUAGAAACUGUAAAGGAAGUAAGGAAACCAAAUGGCGAAAUCCAAUAUAUACUGUAUAAACAACCAAGGCCCAUUGGAAAUAGGCCUGGAGUUCAGCCAAUUAUCAAGCCCGAUGGAUCUAUUUGGUACUUGAUUACAAGAAUCGCUCGCCCUGGACAAUCUGGAGCAAAGAAAGUACAAAAGCCUGACGGAUCAAUCUGGUGGCUGAUUUCCAUAACAUCUUCCCAAAAACCAACAGAUUUACCUGAGGAAGAACCUGUAGUUGAAACAACAGGACCAAAUGGUCAAAUUGAGUAUAUACCAUAUGGACAGAUUCCAUCUGGACCAAAUCCCAAUGGACAAACACCUAUCCUUGUUGGUCAAAGGCCUGAAGUUCAACCAAUUAUUACACCAAGUGGUUCAAUAGAGUACUUAAUGACAAAUAUAGGUCAACCCGGACAACCAGGAGCAAAACCAGUAAAGAAACCCGAUGGAACUACAUGGUGGCUUAUAACAAUAAGGUCCCCUUACAAGCCUACAGGAAAUCUGCCUGUAGCCGAUCCCGUUAGGGAAGUAACAGGACCCAACGGAGAACCCCAAUAUAUUCCUGCUGGAGAAAUACCAUCUGGACAAAAUCCCAAUGGACAAGUACCCAAUGGACAAAAUCCCAAUGGACAAGAACCUAUACCUGUUGGUCAAAGACCUGAAGUUCAACCAAUUAUUACGCCAAGUGGGACAAUAGAGUAUUUGAUGACAAAUAUCGCUCAACCAGGACAACCUGGAGCAAAGCCAGUAAGGAAGCCUGAUGGAACUACUUGGUGGCUUAUAACAAUAAGGUCCCCUUACAAGCCUACAGGAAAUCUGCCUGUAGCCGAUCCCGUUAGGGAAGUUACAGGACCAAACGGAGAACCCCAAUAUAUUCCUGCUGGAGAAAUACCAUCUGGACAAAACCCCAACGGACAAGUACCUAACGGACAAAAUCCCAACGGACAAGUACCUAAUGGACAAGAACCUAGACCCGUUGGUCAAAAGCCUGAAGUUCAACCAAUUAUUACUCCAAGUGGGGCAAUAGAGUAUUUGAUGACAAAUAUAGCUCAACCAGGACAACCUGGAGCAAAGCCAGUAAGGAAGCCUGAUGGAACUACUUGGUGGCUUAUAACAAUAAGGUCCCCUUACAAGCCUACAGGAAAUCUGCCUGUAGCCGAUCCCGUUAGGGAAGUAACAGGACCAAACGGAGAACCCCAAUAUAUUCCUACUGGAGAAAUACCAUCAGGACAAAACCCCAACGGACAAGUACCUAACGGACAAAAUCCCAACGGACAAGUACCUAAUGGACAAAAUCCCAAUGGACAAGCACCUAGACCCGUUGGUCAAAAGCCUGAAGUUCAACCAAUUAUUACACCAAGUGGUACAGUAGAGUAUUUGAUGACCAAUAUAGCUGAACCAGGACAACCAGGAGCAAAACCAGUUAAGAAACCUGAUGGAACUACUUGGUGGCUUAUAACAAUAAGGACCCCUUACAAGCCUACAGGAAAUCUGCCUGUAGCCGAUCCCGUUAGGGAAGUAACAGGACCAAACGGAGAACCCCAAUAUAUUCCUACUGGAGAAAUACCAUCAGGACAAAAUCCCAACGGACAAGUACCUAACGGACAAAAUCCCAACGGACAAGUACCCAAUGGACAAAAUCCCAAUGGACAACAACCAAGUGAACAAUAUCCAUUUGGACAGCAACCUAAUGGACAACAACCUAAUGGACAACAACCCAAUGGACAGUACCCAUCUGGACAACAACCCAAUGGACAGUAUCCAUCUGGACAACAACCUAACGGACAGAAUCCAACUGGACAACAACCCAAUGGACAACAACCUAAUGGACAACAACCCAAUGGUCAGUAUCCAUCUGGACAACAACCCAAUGGACAGUAUCCAUCUGGACAACAACCUAACGGACAGAAUCCAUCUGGACAACAACCCAAUGGACAGUAUCCAUCUGGACUAACACCUAACGGACAGAAUCCAUCUGGACAACAACCCAAUGGACAGAAUCCAUCUGGACAACAACCCAAUGGACAACAACCUAAUGGACAACAACCCAAUGGACAGUAUCCAUCUGGACAACAACCUAACGGACAGAAUCCAUCUGGACAACAACCCAAUGGACAGUAUCCAUCUGGACAACAACCCAAUGGACAGUAUCCAUCUGGACAACAACCCAAUGGACAGAAUCCAUCUGGACAACAACCUACUGGACAGUAUCCAUCUGGACAACAACCUAACGGACAGAAUCCAUCUGGACAACAACCCAAUGGACAGUAUCCAUCUGGACAACAACCAAAUGGACAGUAUCCAUCUGGACAACAACCUAACGGCCAACAACCUACUGGACAAUAUCCAUCUGGACAACAACCUAACGGACAGAAUCCAUCUGGCCAACAACCCAAUGGACAGUAUCCAUCUGGACAACAACCUAAUGGACAGUAUCCAUCUGGACAACAACCCAAUGGACAGAAUCCAUCUGGACAACAACCUAACGGCCAACAACCUACUGGACAGUAUCCAUCUGGACUACAACCUAACGGACAGAAUCCAUCUGGAACACAACCCAAUGGACAGUAUCCAUCUGGACAACAACCAAAUGGACAGUAUCCAUCUGGACAACAACCUAACGGCCAACAACCUACUGGACAAUAUCCAUCUGGACAACAACCUAACGGACAGAAUCCAUCUGGACAACAACCCAAUGGACAGUAUCCAUCUGGACAACAACCUAACGGACAGAAUCCAUCUGGACAACAACCCAAUGGACAGUAUCCAUCUGGACAACAACCAAAUGGACAGUAUCCAUCUGGACAACAACCUAACGGCCAACAACCUACUGGACAGUAUCCAUCUGGACAACAACCUAACGGCCAACAACCUACUGGACAAUAUCCAUCCGGACAACAACCCAAUGGACAGAACCCAUCUGGACAACAACCUAACGGACAGAAUCCAUCUGGACAACAACCUAACGGCCAACAACCUACUGGACAAUAUCCAUCUGGACUACAACCUAACGGACAGAAUCCAUCUGGACAACAACCCAAUGGACAGAAUCCAUCUGGACAACAACCCAAUGGACAGUAUCCAUCUGGACAACAACCUAACGGACAGAAUCCAUCUGGACAACAACCCAAUGGACAGUAUCCAUCUGGACAGCAACCUAACGGGCAACAACCUACUGGUCAGUAUCCAUCUGGACAACAACCUAACGGACAGAAUCCAUCUGGACAACAACCUAACGGACAGAAUCCAUCUGGACAGCAACCCAAUGGACAGUAUCCAUCUGGACAACAACCUAACGGACAGAACCCAUCUGGACAACAACCUAACGGACAGAAUCCAUCUGGACAACAACCCAAUGGACAGAACCCAUCUGGACAACAACCCAAUGGACAGUAUCCAUCUGGACAACAACCUAACGGCCAACAACCAACUGGACAGUAUCCAUCUGGACAACAACCUAACGGACAGAAUCCAUCUGGACAACAACCCAAUGGACAGUAUCCAUCUGGACUAACACCUAACGGACAGAAUCCAUCUGGACAACAACCCAAUGGACAGAACCCAUCUGGACAACAACCUGAAGGUCAGAAUCCAUCUGGACAACAACCUAACGGACAGAAUCCAUCUGGACAACAACCCAAUGGACAGUAUCCAUCUGGACAACAACCUAACGGCCAACAACCAACUGGACAGUAUCCAUCUGGACAACAACCUAACGGACAGAAUCCAUCUGGACAACAACCCAAUGGACAGUAUCCAUCUGGACUAACACCUAACGGACAGAAUCCAUCUGGACAACAACCCAAUGGACAGAACCCAUCUGGACAACAACCUAACGGACAGAAUCCAUCUGGACAACAACCCAAUGGACAGUAUCCAUCUGGACAACAACCUAACGGACAGAAUCCAUCUGGACAACAACCCAAUGGACAGUAUCCAUCUGGACUAACACCUAACGGACAGAAUCCAUCUGGACAACAACCCAAUGGACAGAACCCAUCUGGACAACAACCUAACGGACAGAAUCCAUCUGGACAACAACCCAAUGGACAGUAUCCAUUUGGACAACAACCCAACGGUGAACAGCCUAAUGGACAAAACCCCAACGGACAAGUACCUAACGGACAAAAUCCCAACGGACAAGUACCUAAUGGACAAGAACCUAGACCCGUUGGUCAAAAGCCUGAAGUUCAACCAAUUAUUACUCCAAGUGGGGCAAUAGAGUAUUUGAUGACAAAUAUAGCUGAGCCAGGACAACCAGGAGCAAAACCAGUAAAGAAACCUGAUGGAACUACAUGGUGGCUUAUAACAAUAAGGUCUCCUCUCAAGCCUACUGGAAAUUUGCCUGUUGCUGAACCUGUUAGGGAAGUACUAGGACCAAACGGAGAACCACAAUAUAUUCCUGCCGGACAAGUGCCAACUGGCCAAAAUCCUAAUGGACAGCAACCUAAUGGACAACAACCUAAUGGACAACAACCUAAUGGACAACAACCUAAUGGACAACAACCUAAUGGACAACAACCUAAUGGACAACAACCUAAUGGACAACAACCUAAUGGACAACAACCAACUGGACAACAACCUAAUGGACAAACACCUAUUGCCGUUGGACAAAAGCCCGAAGUUCGACCAGUUAUUAAGCCUGAUGGUACAAUAGAGUACAUUAUGACAAAUAUUGGUCAGCCCGGACAACCAGGAGCUAAACCAGUAAAGAAACCCGAUGGAACCACUUGGUGGCUUAUAACAGUAAGGUCCCCUUACAAGCCUACAGGAACUCUGCCUGUAGCCGAACCCGUUAGGGAAGUUCAAGGACCAAACGGUGAACCCCAAUAUAUUCCUGCCGGACAAGUGCCAACUGGACAAAAUCCUAAUGGACAGCAACCUAAUGGACAACAACCUAAUGGACAAAGCCCCAAUGGACAAACACCUAUUGUCGUUGGACAAAAGCCCGAAGUUCAACCAGUUAUAAAGCCUGAUGGUACAAUGGAGUACAUUAUGACAAAUAUUGGUCAGCCCGGACAACCAGGAGCUAAACCAGUAAAGAAACCCGAUGGAACUACUUGGUGGCUUAUAACAGUAAGGUCCCCUUACAAGCCUACAGGAACUCUGCCUGUAGCCGAACCCGUUAGGGAAGUUCAAGGACCAAACGGUGAACCCCAAUAUAUUCCUGCCGGACAAGUGCCAACUGGACAAAAUCCUAAUGGACAGCAACCUAAUGGACAACAACCUAAUGGACAACAACCUAAUGGACAUAGCCCCAAUGGACAAACACCUAUUGUCGUUGGACAAAAGCCCGAAGUUCAACCAGUUAUAAAGCCUGAUGGUACAAUGGAGUACAUUAUGACAAAUAUUGGUCAGCCCGGACAACCAGGAGCUAAACCAGUAAAGAAACCCGAUGGAACUACUUGGUGGCUUAUAACAGUAAGGUCCCCUUACAAGCCUACUGGAACUCUGCCUGUAGCCGAACCCGUUAGGGAAGUUCAAGGACCAAACGGUGAACCCCAAUAUAUUCCUGCUGGACAAGUGCCAACUGGCCAAAAUCCUAACGGACAACAACCUAAUGGACAAAGCCCCAAUGGACAAACACCUAUUGCCGUUGGACAAAAGCCCGAAGUUCAACCAGUAAUUAUGCCUGAUGGUACAAUGGAGUACAUUAUGACAAAUAUUGGUCAGCCCGGACAACCAGGAGCUAAACCAGUAAAGAAACCCGAUGGAACUACUUGGUGGCUUAUAACAGUAAGGUCCCCUUACAAGCCUACUGGAACUCUGCCUGUAGCCGAACCCGUUAGGGAAGUUCAAGGACCAAACGGUGAACCCCAAUAUAUUCCUGCUGGACAAGUGCCAACUGGCCAAAAUCCUAACGGACAACAACCUAAUGGACAAAGCCCCAAUGGACAAACACCUAUUGCCGUUGGACAAAAGCCCGAAGUUCAACCAGUAAUUAUGCCUGAUGGUACAAUGGAGUACAUUAUGACAAAUAUUGGUCAGCCCGGACAACCAGGAGCUAAACCAGUAAAGAAACCCGAUGGAACUACUUGGUGGCUUAUAACAGUAAGGUCCCCUUACAAGCCUACUGGAACUCUGCCUGUAGCCGAACCCGUUAGGGAAGUUCAAGGACCAAACGGUGAACCCCAAUAUAUUCCUGCUGGACAAGUGCCAACUGGCCAAAAUCCUAACGGACAACAACCUAAUGGACAAAGCCCCAAUGGACAAACACCUAUUGCCGUUGGACAAAAGCCCGAAGUUCAACCAGUUAUUAUGCCUGAUGGUACAAUAGAGUACAUUAUGACAAAUAUAGCUAAACCAGGACAACCAGGAGCUAAACCAGUAAAGAAACCCGAUGGAACUACUUGGUGGCUUAUAACUGUAAGGUCUUCCCAAAAACCUACAGGAAAUUUGCCAGUAGCUGAUCCCGUGAAGGAAGUUAAGGGACCAAAUGGACAAAUUAUUUAUAUUCCAAUUAGAGUUAUCAUAACGGAACACCAUGAAGAAGAACCUAGUUCAGAAUACCAAGAUGAUGAAUCAAGCCAAGGAGGUUCUAUUCAUUACACUUUCACACAUGGAGGACCAGGAGGUAAUAACCCUGGCUCAAUGCAACCAGGAUCAACGCAACCAGGAUCACAUCAAGUCAUGGUUAUUUCCGGAUCUAGUCAAAUAAACUCUGGAUCAUUCCCUGGUAACUUCCCAAUCCCCCAAGAAGUUGCUCAACUUCUUGCUUCCGGUGAUCUCCCAGGAGCACUUUCUAAAUUACAAGCUUUGGGUUUGGACUUAAAUCAGGACAUUGGUAACGGUAUGACUUUGGGAUCAAUGCUAAGCGGUGCUAUGGGAUCAGGUGGUGAUGGAAAUGGCAGUGUAAUCCAAAUACAAGGUGGUAUGACAGUUGGCGGUAGAAGUGCGCAGCCAGGCGGAGUUAAUGGUGGAAUUGGUUCAUCUAGUAAUGGCUCAAACCUCAGUCUUGGUGGAAAUGGAAGUUCCGGUUUAAAUGGUAGUGGAUCAUCUAGCAGUGGCUUGCCUUCUGGUUUCAAUGGUGGACAAAUGAUUCCUAUUUCUCAACCCGGCUUCUCAAGCAACAACAUGGUCUUACAAGGAUAAGUUGAUUGUCAAAUGUGCUUUUGACAAAUAAGACGAAUUUAUUUUUUUACAUAACUAAUUUAAAUUUCUUCCUAUAUAUAUUUCGAUAUAUAUAUAUAAAACGAAAAUCAACUAUUUAACAUUUGGAGAAACAUGCCUUCAGUUUAAAUAGGAUCAAUUUAAUUGUACGAUUUAAUAUCAUCGAAUUAUGUUAUAUUAUUAUUACGACAAAUAAAAUUUUUAUUUCUUUUUAAUUUCAAUUUCAAAUAAA